AUGCCCGGCGAAUCGAAUGGCACAACAUCGAAUGGUGAUUUACAGGGUACUUUUAGAAAUUUCGAUCCUGAGGAUCCGGAAUAUAUAAAAGAUUUGCAACGACCCGCUGCUAUCAAAGAAGAUUUAUCGGAAAUGGAACGACGAAAGCGUGUACAAAAGGUUCUUGAAUCAAAGGAAUUUUGUCGUGAAUUAGAAGAAUUAAUUAAACACGACAAUUGUAAAAGUGACGUUGAUGUGAUAAAACGAUUAUCACAGUUAACACUUCCAUAUGGACAGUUAGCUUCGAUUAGUCUUCAUAAUAAUGUACCGUCAAUGCCAAUAUUACCGAUUGCCGAUCUUCGAGGCAAUGAAAAUUAUUCGAGAGCGGAGAAAAUAAUUAGAAAUAAAUUGGCAUCGUUGUAUCGUCUUGUUGAUAUUUUUCAAUGGUCCCAAGGGAUUUAUAAUCAUAUAACAUUGAGGAUAUCAGCUGAUAACGAGCAAAUAUUAAUAAAUCCGUUUGGUUUAUUAUAUCAUGAAAUAACUGCAUCUUCACUAAUAAAAAUUAAUUUUGAUGGUGAUAUAUUAGAUCAAGGUUCAACUAAACUUGGAAUAAAUCAGGCUGGCUAUGUACUGCAUUCAGCAAUUCAUAAGGCUCGUCGAGAUGUAAACUGUGUUUUACAUCUACAUACACCUGUUGUAUCGGCAGUGUCUUCUAUGAAAUCAGGUUUAUUGCCGAUUUGCCAGGAAGCACUUAUUAUUGGACCUAUUGCUUAUCAUGAUUAUAAGGGUAUAUUAAAUGAUGAAAACGAAAAAGAAUCGAUUGUGCAAGACUUGGGUGAUAAAAAUGUAAUGUUAUUACGUAACCAUGGAUUUGUAGUUUGUGGUAGUACUGCUGAAGAAGCUCUUCAUCUCGCAUUCAAUACAAUAAUCGCAUUUCAGAUAUUAUUUUUACGUACAAAUGGAUUCGUAAUAUGUGGCGAAACGAUCGAAGAGGCAGUUUAUCUAGUUCGAAAUUUAAUUGGCGCUUGUGAUCAUCAGAUUAGAGCAAUGCGUGCCGGACUUGAAAAUUUAGUUAUUCCUGAUGAGAAAGCUGUUGAAAGGGCUUAUAAAACUGCUAAACACGGAAGUGGUGGCGUUAAUCGAUCGCCAUGCAAAGAUGCAGAAGGUAAAACAAUCUACUGGAGAAUUGGUGAACUUGAAUGGGAAGCAUGGAUGAGAGUUCUUGAUAAUGCAGGAUAUCGAACGGGACAUAUAUAUAAACAAGCUGGACUUCGGACGAAGAGUCUCACUUCGCCCAGUAAAACCGGACAAAGUGAUAUUGCUAUACCACCUAGUGCUUCUUCUAUGGGAUCUGUUGACGAAUCUGAUUAUGAAUCUGUCACGGCUCAUAAAAUAGCGUUGUUACGUAAGGAACAAGAAAAAGCUCGAUGGUUAAAUUCUCCUAAUGCUUAUCAAAGAAUUGAAAUCCUUGAGACUGGCACUGAUAAUCCAAAAAAGAUAACUAAGUGGAUUCAAGAUGUUAAUUCACCUCAGCAUAAUGGUACACCUGUAAAAAUUUCUUCGCCUCAUCAGUUCAGUCCUUUCUCUAUUAAUCCUAAAGAAUUUAAAGAAAAGCAGAAAGCAAUUAAAGAAACUCGUCUACUUGGUGCAACAUCCGCCGGUCCACAGUCACAAAUUCUUGAUGGUGUUACUUAUGAAGAAAUCGUACAGAUGAGAGCUGAUAAUUCAGCAAUUAACCAAACGGAUCGAAUCGUUAUGAUUGGUACUGCCAGUAAAGGUAUUAUUGAACGACAACAUCAGCAUAAUGCACAGAGUCAUUCAAUUUCUUCAUCAAUAACUGAGUCUGAGAAAGUCCACAGAAAAGUGUAG